AUGGAGGAGGCCCCGUCACCCCCCGACACCCAGCAGACAACUGCGGCGCCCCCGACGCCGUCGGCGUCCACGCCGCGCAAGUCGAACGUGUAUUCGCGUCUGUACGAUCCCAAGUCGUACACGGGUGUCUACAAGAAGCGGUUCGAGGCCGACUGCAAUGACCUCACGGAGCGCGUGGUGCACGACCUGUCGAACGCCAUGCGCACCAAUCUCAACCACGAUGUGAAUCGCCCCAAGCAGCGGACGGCGUCAAGUCGGAACAAUUCCGGUUCUAGCACGUUAGCACCAGCGCUGUCACCGACUGCUGCUUCAGCCGAGAGACCAACGUCUGCGCCUCCAGUGCAGGAGAAACUCCAGGGAGAUCCGAAUGAUCCACAUACGCUAUUGAAGGCAGUGUUCCACUACUAUUGCCGCUUCGGACGGACUGGACCCAAGGGACUAGGAGAGAGAACUCUCGAUAACUCAAACUUCGUCAAACUGUGUCGGGACUGUCCUGAUCUGCUCAACUCGUCCUUCGGCAAAACAGACGUGGAUCUCAUCUUUGUAAAAGCCAAGAAGAAGGGAGAGCGGCGCAUCAACUACGCGCGAUUCCUAGACGCGUUGGGCAUGAUCGCUAUCCAGAAAUACGGCGAUAUGCCACUUGAGGCGUCGGUGCCGAAGCUGUUGGAGGCACAUCUCGCACAUCUGCCGUGUCUACUCGAGUUCACCGACGGCAAGACGGUCCAGGCAGUGUGGCAGAAGCGAGCGGAGCACAACGAGUCUGCCACUACAGAAGCAACAGAGCAAGUUGCACCGCCAGCUUCGCCUUCAUCUCCCACAGCUCGACAAUUCAACACCAAUCCAUCUACAGUUGAAGUGGACCCUCCAGCAGAUCUAGCAGCGUAG